CCUACGUCUUUCGUUGACGCGACGAUUGGGCAGCUAUCCGCAAAAUAAAUAUUCCUCACGUCCGCAGGCGCUCGUAACUAGUUUACCAUAAUGAGUGACCUUCAGAAGGCCUGGGCUAAGAAUCGCUUAAGCGCUUUACCUGCUGAGAGUUUCGAUGAGAGGGAAGAAGAGGAGCUCGGCCAUGUGUCUGAACUUCCGGAACAUUUUGACGACGAUUCGUCUUCGGCCUCGUCAGCUUCUUCUACGGGAACCGUCAUCCCGUCUCCGAGCCAGAAUCUAUUUGCCAGACCCCAGGGCGCGCCGAGAGGACGGUCCCUACAGCAGAUCCCCUGGACUACCUACUUCGAGAGGGAAUUAUUCCUACAUGACCCAAGUCGUCCUACAAAUCCAACAAUCCAUGCUUACCUGACCUCUCCUGUCGGAAAGGGUCCUCUAUUCGUCAUGCACCAUGGUGCGGGCUCGUCAGGCUUGUCUUUCGCCGUGGUCGGACAUGAGAUUCGAAAACGCCUCCCGUUUGCUGGCAUCCUAUCGCUCGAUGCAAGGGGCCACGGCUCAACCACUACUUGUGAUAGUCAAAAAAUCGAUCUCAGUCUCGAAACCCUUGCUUCAGAUCUCCUCUCUGUGAUCUUACUGACUCGAAGAGAGAUGAAGUGGCCAGAGCUGCCACCCAUCAUUUUAGUUGGUCAUUCGCUCGGAGGUGCAGUAGUCACCGAGGUCGCAAAGACGGGAAAGCUUGGUAAUGCUGUCCUGGGUUACGUCGUUCUUGAUGUGGUUGAAGGGUCGGCCAUUGAUGCCCUGCAGAGCAUGCACACUUACCUUUCAACGCGCCCAGCCGGUUUCCCUACCCUAGAAGCAGGGAUCGAUUGGCAUAUACGAACAAGGACGGUCCGCAAUUCGCUUUCUGCACGCACUAGCGUCCCUGCCUUACUCACGCUCAGAGAGAGCCCAGGGGAUGCGAGGCCGUGGAAGUGGAGGACGGACCUUGGUGCCACGCAACCCUUCUGGGAGAACUGGUUCGUGGGACUAAGUAAAAAAUUCCUGGGGGCAAAGGGUGGGAAACUAUUGCUUCUCGCAGGGACGGACAGAUUAGACACGGAAUUGACAAUCGGCCAAAUGCAAGGAAAAUACUCCUUACAAAUAUUCCCGGAAGCAGGGCAUUUCAUACACGAAGAUUUGCCGGAGAAGACAGCAAUAUCCCUCGUGGACUUUCACAAGCGUAAUGAUAGAAGCGCUUUAGUACUACCCCCUAAAGUGUCUGAUCUUCUUAAACAAGGCAAGAAGGUUUAGUAGUUUGUCGGCUGAAUACAACUGGGUUAGAGUAGUUCUCGCAUAUGCUGCAUUGACUAAAGAGCCAUUCUUCUCUAGUAAGAGGUAUAAUAUCGUGAUCAUCAUCCCAUACGCGCACAGCCCGCCCUUGGCGGCCACAAAUAUUAGCAAA